CUCCUGUACUAUGUCCGCAGUCUCUGGUCAUCCCCUGUACUGUGUCCGCAGUCUCUGGUCAUCUCCUGUAUUGUGUCCGCAGUCUCCGGUCAUCUCCUGUACUGUGUCCGCAGUCUCUGGUCAUCUCCUGUACUGUGUCCGCAGUCUCUGGUCAUCUCCUGUACUAUGUCCGCAGUCUCUGGUCAUCUCAUGUACCUAUGUCUGCAGUCCAUUAGUUCAGAAUUUUUUUUUUUUUUCCUGUUUUUCUGCCUCUAAAACCUAUGUGUGUCUUAUGGUCAGGUGCGUCUUAUGGAGCGAAAAAAUACGG